AUGCUAUUCAUAUACUUUCUAUCGUUAAUUCUUACUGUCCUUGAAUCAGCAACUGCCGAUUCGAUUGCACUUGAAGAUGUGUACACAACAAUAACCACCAAAAAUUGCAUUCUUCCGAACGUGUGUGAAAAAUCUACAGAGUAUGCUAGUGCAUACCUAGAAACAGAAACUCUCCGUACAACAGUUACAGAUGCCACCUCAACUUACACUACAAAGGCACCAACAGUUGUCACUAAAUACUCUGCUGUUCAUUACGUUCCAACUCUCAUCACAGAUGGAGGUGUAACCGAGUGGAAAGAAGUGAGCAAUCUGUACACAAUUAUUGAUGGAGUUACAGAAUACAUUGUGACUUAUUGUGAUAUUGCAACUACCACAGUUUCUACCUUUGAACUCACAAAUACGACAACAACUUCCGUUGUUAUUCGAACACGUCCCUGCGGUGAUGUUUACUCUAAAGCAGUUCAGACAAGCAUUCCUGUUACUUUUACAAGUGAUGGGGUUCUUAGUACAUCUAUUUCGACGUUCACCACUUCGGUGUUGACUACCAAGAUUUGCACUUCAAGUUCAUCAUCCACAUCUUCUACUACAUCUUCUACCACACUACCUUCUACCACAUCAUCAUCCACUAUAUCUACUUCUUCGACAGUUUCAUCCACUUCCUCGAAGCCAUCUUCUUCAACUACACAAUCAACUUCUACAUGCGCCUCAUUGGGUGCUACAUGUUCGAAUGAUUCCAACUGUUGUGAUUCAAGCAACACCUGCUUGAGUGGAACGGACGGCUACUCUUCGUGUACCCUGGGAAGUACUUCCACUACGUCUACAUCUUCCACUACAUCUACAUCUUCCACUACAUCUACAUCUUCCACUACGUCUACAUCUUCCACUACGUCUACAUCUUCCACUACAUCUACAUCUUCCACUACGUCUACAUCUUCCACUACGUCUACAUCUUCCACUACAUCUACAUCUUCCACUACGUCUACAUCUUCCACUACAUCUACAUCUUCCACUACAUCUCCUGUUUCCAUUUCUUCUGCCUCUUCCGUUUCCACCACAUCCAUUUCAUCUACAUCUUCUCCAAUAUUAGCUUCUACUUGUGCUACUAUUGGCGACAAAUGUUCAGAUUACUCAGAUUGUUGUGAUUCCAGCAACGACUGCUCAAGUGGGGAAGAUGGUCACUCAUCAUGUGUGAUUAAGACUAUUUCUAGUUCAUUGCUUACGUCAUCAAGUAUAGUAAGCACAUCUACGACAUCAACUACAUCACUUUCAUCUACCACCACUUCUAGUAGAACACCAUUAUCAGUUUCCUCAACCUCGACUUCCUCGUUGCCAUCAACUAAGUCAACUUCAAGUACUUCAUCGUCUUCCAGCACUUUAACCACCACUGUUUCCACUUGUGCGAUGUCUGGUUCCAAGUGCUCAAACGAUUCUGACUGUUGUGAUUCUAAUAACAGUUGCUUAAGUGGAUCUGAUGGAUUUUCAUCGUGUGUCAUAAAAUCUACUUCGAGUACUUCCUCGUUGCCAUCAACUACAUCACCUUCUUUAUCGUCAUCAGUUUCAAGCACUUCAACUACUACUGUUUCUACUUGUGCAAUGUCUGGUUCGAAAUGCUCAAACGAUUCUGACUGUUGCGAUUCAGAUAAUAUCUGUUAUGGUGAAACUGAGGGUUACUCUUCCUGUGUUACAACAUCCAGAGUAACGGUUCAAUCCUCUACUUCGACCCCAGACAGAGCAUAUUCAUCUACAUUGUCAUCGUCUAAGUCUUCUAGUACAACUUCAACUAGUACCUGUGCUGCAGUUGGUGCAGUUUGCACUGCAAAUGAUAAUUGCUGUGACUCAAACAACAUUUGUUCAAGUGUAAAUGGUUCUAGUAAGGUCUGCAUUCCUUCGUCUUCUAUUUUGUCUUCGACUGCGUCAACACCUUCUUCUACCUCCUAUGACUCAAGCAGUAUCAAAAAUUUGACAACAUCUACGAGCUCAACAGGUUACGAUUCUUCUGCUACUACAACUGCUUUGUCGUUAACUUCUGACUCCAGUACAUUUGUGAGUUGGACAUCGACAUAUUCAUCACUUAGCUCAACUGGUAUAAUGUCUAGCUCCACACCAGAUACAAUUGCAUCCACUUCAUCAUCUUGUGUUGAGUUGGGUGUGGCCUGCAUUAAGAAUGAAGAUUGUUGCAAUUCAGAAGCAUUAUGCGGCACCAUUGCAAACAGUACAACCUCUGUUUGUAUGCUUUCUCAAACAACUGUUAGUACUUUUGCCUCAAAUAUAAUGACUACAGCAACAAAUUCAGGAUUCACAUUUGUUACUCCCGUCACAAUUUCUACUACCGCGGAAAUAGUUACCCCUUGCAUGUCAAACUGUUCUGAAGAUAAAGGUAAGCUUCCAACACCAUUCACAGAGACAUCAUGCGCUACUGAAGGUGCUUCAUGCACAGCAGAAUCGGACUGCUGCAAUUCCGCAAUGAAAUGUGUUUCUGUUGGUGGUAAUUACAGUACUUCUCAAUCGAAGUGUAUGACGGUGUCUUCUCUUAGUACCGAAUACGUCACUAGUUCCACAAAUUCCGAAAUCACCACUCUUUAUCCAACAUAUUCAACGGCCAAUGCAUCUUCUAGCAACGUCGACACAAUUGUAAGUGAAAUACAGACGGUUACCCAAUCUUCUUCAAUUGUUUCUGAGUAUGAGGGAGGUGCCCAUAGUAAUAUCAGGGAAUUCUCAAAUAUACUUUGUGGUGUAAUGGCCGUUUUCUUAGCUUUGUGA